AUGGCGCAUGUCAGCUUCUCCGAUCUGCCACCUGAAGCUCUCGACGACAUCGCCCGCCGCGCUGGCGCCCUCAACAACGUCGUCUGCUCCGCCGUCUGCCGGCCAUGGCGCCGCGCCCUGAAAACCACGCGCCUCCGCCUACUCAAACGACCUAGCCGCCCGUACAGCGUGAGACUAGACAAGUGGAGGAACGGCACCAUCAGUCUCUGCCUGGCCGUUCGCCUCGGCUGCAGCAGUGAAUCAACCAUCUAUGUCCCCAUCGCCAUGGUUGACGGCGGCGACAAGCUACCAACCCGCAUCAUCGGGUCCUCCCAUGGCUGGCUCGUCACCGUCGACAAGGAGUGCGGCCUGUCCCUGCUCGAGGCCUUCACCGGCAGGGUGUUCCCGCUGCCUCCCAUCACUUCGUCCGGCAGCAAGAAGGUGGCCAAGGAGCUCGACCAGUCCAUGUUCUACAAGGCGACGUUGGCUCCCGGCCGCCGGCUGGGCGCGUUCGCCGUGAUGCUGAUCCACGGCGGCGGGUUCGGCCUGUCGUUCCUCCGGCCCGAUGCCAAAUCGUGGACGGCGGUGCGCGUGCCGAAACGGAUGCAGCACAAGUACACGGACAUCGUGUUCCACCGCGGUGCGUUCUACACUGCCAGCCGCGACGGCGAGGUGGCCGCCUGGGCGCCGGACGCGAGCUCCAGCGGCCUGCACGCGGGGCGCGUCUCGGAGCCGACGCAGGAGUGCACGUGGGCCGCCCUCGUGGAGUCGGUCGGCGGCGACGACCUGCUCAUGGUGAGCAGCUUCGUCGUGGAAGAAGGCUUUGCCGCGCAUGGCCAAUGGUACCGGCUACCGCGCCGGCGGUACGCGGUGUCGCGCUACGACGGCGAGCGCGAGGGGACGUCGUCGUGGCUCCCCGUGGAGGAUCUCGGCGAGGCUGCCAUCUUGGUGGGAAGCAGCUGCAGCUUGUGCGUGUCGACGCGAGGCUUCCACGACGAUUUGCGCAACCGCCUCUUUUUCGCAUGGCCGUCCUACGAAUCAGGCAAAUACUACUGCUUCCACCCUGACGAGUAUCGCCUGCCGACGGCGACGCCGGGUUGUACUUACCUGAUUGUGCCGCAUUACGGCGGCUCUUGGUUUGCGCCUUAUGUUGCACCUGAAUUCCAUUGGUAUUAG